GCGAGGAAGCGUAUCAAACAACCUUUUUUCGGGUGGCAGCGAGAUGGCAGGCAAGCGCAAAGCCGUCGACGCGCCCGGCAGCGAGAGCGACGACAGCAGCUUCGAGGUCGCCCCAGCCGCCCAUGAGAGCGACACCGCCGCCUCGGAUAAUGACGACGAAGAUGGCUUUGAAGUUGUCGCAUCGAACGCUGGGCCGCUGGAUGCGAACGCCCGCUGGCAGCAGCAGCAGCACAUCUCGAUCGUGGGGCCGGGCGUCGAGUACAAAGCGCCUGCCGCCAUGCGUGCGCUCGAGUCGACGCCGUUCUCAUCGGCGGCGGUGGCGCAUUUGACUUCGAGUGGCUUUGGCACGCCGACCCCGACGCAAGCGCAGUCGUGGCCCAUCGUGCUCGCCAAACAAGAUUUGAUUUCGAUCGCCAAGACCGGGUCUGGUAAGACGCUCGCGUACCUUCUGCCGUCGUUCCACGCGCUCACGGCGCCCAAGAAGCACGUGCAGCGCACGAAGAAGAAGUAUGCGUUCGCGGUCAAGCCCAAAGACCCGCGCCUCGUGAUCCUCGUGCCGACACGCGAGCUCGCCAUGCAGAUCCAGAGCGAAGCGAAGAAGCUGCUCAAGCCGUACCCGCUGCGCAUCGUGUGCAUCUUUGGUGGUGCGUCCACGAAGGAGCAGGUCGAGGCGCUCGACCUCCACGGCGUCGACGUGCUUGUCGCGACGCCCGGUCGGCUGCGAGACUUUGUGAGCAGUGGCCACCUUGGCUUGGACAAGGUCGAAAUCGUGGUCCUCGACGAAGCCGACAAGAUGCUGGAGCUCGGAUUUGAAGACCAGAUCCGCCACCUCAUGAAGCUCCUGCCGUCGACGCGCCAGACGCUGCUCUUCAGUGCGACGUGGCCCGUCGCGAUGCAGACGCUGGCUGCCAACUACAUGACCUUGCCUGUCCACGUGACGAUCGGGUCGACGUCGUCGCCGCAGCUCAACCGCGACAUUGCGCAGCACUUUCUCAUCUGCACAUCCGAAGCCGACAAGAUGGCCAAGCUCAAGCAAGCGCUCGACAUUGACGCGUCGAUGAAGGCAAUCGUAUUUUGCCGCACCAAGGUCGAGUGCGACAAGCUCGCGACGUUCUACGCCGACCCGACGGUGGGGUGCGUGCACGGCGACAAGCUCCAGAGCGAGCGCACAAUGACCAUGAAUGCCUUCAAGAAGGGCACGGUCAUGACGCUCUUUGCCACCGAUGUUGCGGCGCGCGGUUUGGACGUCAAGGACGUCGGCCUCGUCGUCAACUAUGACGUGCCCGAGAGCAUCGAGACGUUCGUGCACCGCGUCGGUCGCACGGGCCGCGCCGGCGAGCGCGGUGUGGCCGUGACGCUACUGACCGCCUAUGACAUCACCUUUGCGCGCAAGAUUCCGGCGAUGCUCAAGGCCGCCGACAUGGACGUCCCGAAGGAGCUCAUCCAGCUCAUGCGGGACGUCAAGGUCGCGCCGGUUCGCGAUGUCCAGCCCAAGGCCAAGAAGCCCAAGGUCCCGCCGCCGCAGCCGCGCAAGGCCAAGGGCAAGGCCAAAAAGGUCUCGUCCAAGAAACGCCGUACGCUCUGCUUAUAAGAAUAACAUGUAUAAAGAAUAGAGAUAUCUAUGAUUCCUAG